CGCCUGCGCUCCUUGCUCCCCUCUCACCGAGCGGAGGCUUCACCAAUCCCUGGCUCUGGCUCCAUCCCCCGGCUCGGCGUCUCACAGGCCAGUGCUAAUAAGUCGCCUAGCUGUCCGGGUAAUGGGGAAGUGUUUGGGGGGAGACGCCGCUGUCUGAGGAAGCCGUGAGGAAGUUGAGGAGCGCAGGAGGAGAGGGGGAAGAAGAAGAAGAGCUCGCUUCUCCGCUGCGCGCCGCGCCGGACCGGACACCUCCACAAGAGACACAUCCUACAGUUGCUGUUGUUGAGUAGCCCUUAAAAAAAAAAAAAGAAAGAAAGAAAGAAAAAAAAGAAAGAGAGAAAAAAACAGAAAAAACAGAAAGCGCAUAGUGAUGGAGAGAAAGCCGAGGAGCUGAACCAGAAACUCCGUCUGGAGAAAGAUGCUUUGUCCCGAAACAAGCCCUGAAAUCCGACAUUGACCCGAAAAUUCCUUAUCUGCAGCUUCUUAGCGUCCUGGCAUGCCGUCUGGAGCGAGGAUGCCCCACCAGGGAGCUCCCAUGGGCCCCCCCGGCCCACCGUACGGAGGGAGCCCGGCGGUGCGGCCCGGCCUGCCCUCCCCGGUGAUGGAGCCCAGCCGUAAGAGGCCUGCCCCCUCCCAGCAGGUCCAGCAGCAGCAGCAGCAACAACAGCAGCAGCAGCAGCAGCAGGCCGUCCAGAACCGGGCCAGGAAGAAGCCAGUCGGAUUCCCGGGAGCCAAUGAGAUGCCGGCGAGGCAGAUGGACAUGAGAGAGCCCCAAUCAGAUCCCACGCUCGGAUCAAAUGCUAAGAGAAGGAAAAUGGCAGACAAGAUUCUUCCGCAAAGGAUCCGUGAGCUGGUCCCCGAGUCUCAGGCCUACAUGGAUCUGCUGGCGUUUGAGCGCAAACUGGACCAGACCAUCAUGCGCAAACGUGUGGACAUCCAGGAGGCGCUGAAGAGACCGAUGAAGCAGCAAAAGCGUAAACUGAGACUUUACAUAUCCAACACCUUCAACCCUGCCAGACCGGACGCUGAUGACUCAGACGGCAGCAUUGCAUCUUGGGAACUGCGAGUGGAGGGAAAGUUGCUGGAUGAUCCGGGGAAGCAGAAAAAGAAGUUCUCUUCGUUUUUUAAGAGCCUGGUGAUUGAGCUGGACAAAGACCUCUACGGUCCUGACAACCACCUGGUUGAGGACUGUCUGGGUGUGGUUCGGCCACAUUUGACUCACACUGCUGUCAACUGGCACCGCACGCCCACCACCCAGGAGACGGACGGCUUCCAGGUGAAGAGGCCGGGAGACGUGAGCGUGCGCUGCACUCUGCUGCUGAUGCUGGACUACCAGCCUCCCCAGUUUAAGCUGGACCCUCGCCUGGCUCGCCUGCUUGGCAUUCACACUCAGACCCGCUCCUGCAUCAUCCAGGCCCUCUGGCAGUACAUCAAGACCAACAAGCUGCAGGACUCCCAUGACAAGGAGUACAUCAACUGUGACAAGUACUUCCAACAGAUCUUUGACUGCCCUCGGCUGAAGUUCUCUGAGAUCCCUCAGCGCCUCACCAACCUCCUCUUACCCCCCGACCCCAUCGUCAUCAACCACGUCAUCAGCGUGGAUCCAAACGACCAGAAGAAGACGGCCUGCUACGACAUCGACGUGGAGGUGGAAGACCCCCUGAAGAGCCAGAUGAGCAGCUUCCUCCUCUCCACCGCCAACCAGCAGGAGAUCGCCUCGCUCGACAACAAGAUCCACGAGACCAUCGAGUCCAUCAACCAGCUGAAGAUCCAGAGGGACUUCAUGCUCAGUUUCUCCAGAGAUCCCAAGGGCUACAUCCAGGACUGGCUCAAAUCCCAGAGCCGAGACCUUAAGCUGAUGACAGACGUGGUGGGGAACCCUGAGGAGGAGAGGAGGGCGGCGUUUUACCACGAGCCCUGGUCCCAGGAGGCCGUCAGCCGCUAUUUCUACUGCAAGAUCCAGCAGAGGAGACAGGAGCUGGAACAGGCCUUAGCUGUGCGCAACACCUAAACCAAGACCCUCCUGAAUCUGUGCAACUGAUUUCAGAGCUGUGUUUGUGUGUGUGUGUGUGUGUGAGGCCAUCACUGUAGUCUGGUGAAACCUUCCACUUCUAAAAAUGUCAGUACUAAAAACAAAACAAAAAAAAGGCCUUUGUCUUUUUUUUUCUCAGAUGUUUGUGAAAUUAGAGGAGGUUUUCCCGCAUAUGUAUGGAAGCCUGAUCUUGACGCAAACACACACACACACACACACACACACACACACACACACACACACACACACACACACACACACACACACACUGCGUAUUAGCCCCGUCUCUGUGCAGGACUGCGAGGACAUCAUCAUUAAACCGCAUGUAUUCUCCUCCGGAAAGGUCGAGCGCUCAGACCACAGGCAUCCUCGGACUCGCCGCCUCAUGAACAGAACUUCCUCUUCCAAUCCGCGACUCUCUGCUUUGUAAAUACGUCAAGAGAAAACUCUGAACCCAACUGCUCACACGCACAUGCACACACACACACGCUGCUGUGUUGUGAGCGACAAAUGUAUCAAGAUGUAAUGCAGUGUCACACUCGAGCCUCGCAGCGCUCUGGAUGAGUCUUCAUUUUAUGUUUCCUUGUGUGUGUGUGUGUGUGUGUGUGUGUGUGUGUGUUUUCAUUUGUUCUCAUUAGGAGAGUGUUUUUAAAAGAUUAAUUACACCAGCAAAGUCAAGAUUACAGUGGGAGCCGUUGGGUUCCAGGGAAUCGUUGCUGUUUCAUUCAUUUUUCAGGUUUUCUGAGUGAAUCAAUCAGAAAUCAUCCAGUGUGUCUCAUACAGUAAUUUCUAACAACAGUAUUAGUGAACUUAAGUAUUACUAUUAUUAGUGGAGAUACAAUAGUGUUUUACUGAAGGAGAAACGAGUAUCGAUCCUCGUAAUAAUAAUAAUAAUAAUAAUAAUAAUAAUAAUAAUAAUAAUAGCUUUUUCCCUCCCUUAUUCAUAUAAGAAAUAUGCCUCCACAUGUCUAGACUCGUCGACUGAUUUGUUUUGUCAAAGUCGCUCACUGCCUCUUCCUUGUGUAGUGUGUGUGUGUUUUUAAAGCCUGUUAAAGGAUAAGUUCGCCCAAAAAAUGAAAAUUCGGUCAUCAUCUCCUCGUCGUCGAGUGAGCAGACGGAAGCUUUCAAGCAAAGCGCCGUCUGCAGCGUUCUCCUAAACAACUGAAGUCAAUGGGGACUCGUUUUGAAAUCCAAAAAAACAACCAAAAAAGAUGUAAAUAAAGCCUCAUUAAAGCAAAUGCUGGCGCUCUGGGCCUCUUGAACCUUUGAUUAUGACGUUUUAUAUUUAUUUGCAGUUGGUUUUUUAAUGUUCUAAAACAAGUCCCCAUCUGCUUCAGUUGAUCGGGAGAAUGCUGCAACAGCGUUUCGCCACGAAGCUUCAGAAAUGUUUUGUGGAUGACAAAACUUUUGUUUUCGUUAAUUUUCCAUUAACGACUGAAUUUUUAAAAAAAAACUUUUUGGAUGAACUGCUCUUUUUUAAUGUCCUGAAGGUGUUACCAAAGGUUGCAACGACAAGAAGAGAACAUGAUCACUGAAAUAGAAACGGGCACCAAAAAAAAAAGAAAGAAAAAGAAAUCCUCGCCUGGGUUUAAGAGAAACUGCAAAAAAAGAAAAGAAAAGAAAAAAAGGGGGGAAAUUUGAACCGUUCUGUGUUUUUUUAAAAAGAAUGUUUGCAGCCAAUUAAACCUUAACUAAGUUUAAAACUGUCUUGGCAAUUGAACGCUUGAACCCAGGUCUGGAGAAACGUGUCCAUUUCUACACUUUUUAUGUUACAUGAAGAAGAAGAAGAAUGAUUUUCUUUUCUAGAGAUGUGAAUGUAAAUAUGUUUUCAUCCCUUCAAAGAGGGCCAGCUGUACAGUAUACGACAGACUAUCUGUGUGUGUGUGUGUGUGUGUGUGUGUGUGUGUGUGUGUGUGUGUGUGUUUCUUUUUGGGGUGGAGGGAUGUGGGGAGGGAGGGGGAGUUACACGGUGCAGUAUGGGAGCUUUAUGAGUUUUAAAUUAGUAGAGCAGGAAUGUUAGUGUUCCUCUGUGUACUGUCUUGGGUCGGGCGGUUUAUUUUAGGUCCAUCCCUUAACUAUCGUGGGAGCUAGAAGCUGCAACAAAGAGAGACCUCCCUCGCUUUCACUCUCAGUAGCUGUAACACAUGUUAUAAUCAGCACCCAUCUCCUUUUACACCUGUUUUUAUUUUAUUUUAUUUUUUUAAGACUUGUAUGUAUAUGUUGUAAUGUCAGAUGGAGGAUUAUUUUCCCUCUGUCUGUCUCUCAGCAGUCAGUUUCUAGCUGGAACCUUUCUGUCUCUGGGUUUCUUUGCACUGUGCUGUAAUUGUUUGUCGGGACUCUCUUCUGUUAUCCCAGCAUACACACGAGAAAAAAAAAAAAGAAGAAGAAAAAAGCGAUUGGAACGAUUUUCACGAUGACCUAUGCAUGCUCCAUGGACGUUAAUUAAAACAUCUGAUUAUCUGACGAGACUGUGCGUGUAAAUACAAAAAUGCUGGCAGAGCAGUCUGAGCGACGAGCAAAAAGACUUUGUUGAAAUGCCUUCUGGAAAAACUUUUUUGCCAAAAAUGAUAUGCCCUACCAGCAACUAACUGUAGGUGUUAAUUUUUUUUUCCCUUUUUUUUUCUCUGAACUGUGUUUUUGUUACUAAGUUAUAUUAACUGCACUUGUUAGAGGAGAAACAGUAGUCAUUGGUAGUAUCUUUAGUCCUGUGUCUGACCUGGAGUGGUUUGUCUUUGUACGGCCGGGGCAUUCACGUUUGUUGUCAUACAGUCACUGAUUCACUUGCACCCUCUUGUGGAGGAAACUAGAAGCUGCGACUCCUGGGUGACCUCGGCUUUGAGGCGCCGCAGUUCAUGAGAAUAUCUGACAAAAAUGUUAACAAGACUACUGCGUCUCCUGUCACUAAGAGCCCUGACAUACUGUUGACACGUUUUUGUCCCGCUCCCUGCAUGUGUUUUGUGAAGAGUGGGAUCUGCUCUUUUUCCUCUCUGUUUACACUGUUGUCGGAGCGUCACCAACAGGGAGAUGAUAGUAUACAUAACACUGUAUAUCUGUAAAGAGCAAAAACUCGUUUGGUGAUUCUACAAAAAAAAAAGAAAAGAAAAGAAAAGAAAAAAGAAAAAAGGGAAAACAGCUGUGACAUUGCGAGACAGCCUGGAUGUAAAUAAAGAAGCGCUUGCCAAAGUUUGUAAAUGCCA